AUGUCAACUUUUAACAGACUACGGCCAACGCUUCGAGCGACGUCGAAUUUGUCGAGAAUACACUCUCAGCACGUUGUACGUGCACUGGGAGGCGGAAGAUUGGCGUCGACACAUGCACUCGUCUUUCUCGAACACUCAAACGGAGUCGUAGAGCCAGCUUCGCUUUCUGCGCUAGCUGCAGCAUCAAAGCUUGGAUCAGGAGACGAUGCAAAGAUUACUGGAAUCGUGAUUGGGAGCAAAGACGAGGUCGAAAAGGUCCUCCCAACCGUCAAAAAACUUCCAGGACUAUCUUCCGUGUUGCAUUCGUCCUCGGCUCUCUAUAGCCCACCGCUUCCAGAGACACUGACACCGCUGUUCAAGAGCGUGUUGACCGACUCGAAAUUCACCCACUUCUUCUCCGCGCAUUCUUCUGCCGCCAAGUCGAUUCUACCACGCGUAGCAGCAGUCAUGGACCUCCCAGCCGUCUCAGACGUGACGUCUGUCGAGCACUCUAGCGCAGACGACGCGACAACGUUUACACGCCCAAUCUACGCUGGCAAUGCCAUUGCGACCGUCCGAGCAGGCAAAGACAUUCCGCUCAAAAUCGUCACCGUUCGCGCAACGUCCUUUGCACCCCUCUCCGACGGUGCGUCUGCCGAGGGAGUCGAGGUCAAAGAGUUUCAGGCCGUCGAGGAAAAUGCAGAGUUGACAAAGCAUCUCGAGACGUCGGUGUCGACAUCAGAUCGACCAGACUUGGGCACAGCCAAAAAGGUUGUGUCGGGUGGACGUGCGUUGAAGAAUAAAGAGACAUUCCAGAAGACACUGGAGCCACUUGCAGAGGUGCUUGGUGCAGCCGUUGGCGCGAGUCGUGCAGCUGUGGAUGCCGGCUAUGCCGAUAACAGUCUCCAAGUUGGUCAAACUGGCAAGAUUGUUGCCCCAGAGCUGUAUAUGGCCAUCGGAAUUAGCGGUGCAAUCCAGCAUUUGGCCGGAAUGAAGGACAGCAAGAUGAUUGUUGCUAUUAACAAGGACCCUGAUGCACCGAUAUUCCAGGUGGCAGAUGUCGGUCUCGUUGGAGACUUGUAUGAUAUCGUUCCAGAGCUCACCGAGAAGCUCAAGUAA